UUUAUCUUGCGCUCGAAAAUUGUUGACUUUGUUUUGCGUGCUACAUGAACAGCUAAUGCCUGCAUACGUACGCCUCUAUUCAUUAAUUGGAAUUCAACCAGAAUUAAUAGUAGUUUUUCUAUUCAUACAAACAUGUUCUUGCAAAAUGUUGCAUCAUGUAUGCUAAUUUUCAUUGUAACUUGUGUGGCUAGUGGUGAAAGUAUUUUAUGCGAUACUUGCACGUGUAAAAAUUCCAUAAUAAAUUGUACAGAAAAUGGAUUGAUGGACAUUCUAGAACUAUGGGACCACUCAGAAGUUUUAAAAAAUGCAACCCUCAUGCAUUUCGAUAAUAACGGCAUUGUACAUGUGAAACAAUUGCCACCGUCUAAAGUUAGAUACUUAUCAUUUCGACAUAACAAAAUAAAUAAAAUAGAUGAAAUGGCAUUUAUACACUUAAAGUUACUUUUGGAACUCGACUUGAGCUACAAUUCUUUGACGGCGGAAAGUCUAAAUCCCGAUAUUUUCAAGAUUAAUAACGAAGAUACUUCUAGAUCAGGUAGCUUGAUUCAUUUACGCCUUGAUUACAAUAAUAUUCAUUCGCUAUUGCCACAUACAUUCAAAGAACUCAGUAACCUUGCUUCAUUGACACUAGCAGGAAAUCCUUUAACAGUCAUUGAUCGACCAACUAGUUUCGCAUUAUCUUCGUUGCCCAUGUUAAAAGUUUUAAAUUUGUCCAAUACGUCUUUACAAGAGUUGCCGGCUCAUCUUUUACACACACCUCGAUUUUUAGAAAUAUUAAAUCUAUCAAAUAAUGAAUUCACAGAAAUUCCACCAGGACUGGAUGAAGCACAUGCGUUACAGAGAUUAGAUUUUAGUUCCAAUCCGAUAAAAAACAUCUUGAGUUUCCCAAAAAUGGCAUCGUUAAAAGUACUUCAUUUAUCGCACAUGUCAGAACUGAACAAUAUUGGACCACGUGCUUUAAGUCUUCUUAGUGUUCUUGAGGAAUUUCAUUGCACGCAUAAUAAUAAACUCAAAUCAAUAGACCCGACUGCUUUUAGCUACAAAUUGAAUGACGGAUCAGAAGGCGAAUCAUGGCCACCCAUAGUCAAAUUAGAUUUGAGUUACAGCGCUUUAGGAUACUUGGAUAGUAGUUUGUUGAGUAGAUGGGACACGUUGGAAGAAUUGAACUUACAAGGUAACAAGUGGGUAUGUGAUUGUGUAAAUCAAUGGCUCGUGUCUAUUUUAGCUCCAUUGGCAGAAUCAAGACAUCCGGAAUUUCUUAAUGAUUUCCGUUGCCAAGAGCCAAUUGAAAUGAGUGGAAUUUCGAUUCUUGAUUUAGAUCAUCGCCAUUACCAUAUGCGGUGUUUGGAUUUCUACAAUAAUCGUCCCGAAAGAGACGGAAUAUUGUUAAUAGGAAUACUAAUUGGCGUUAUAUUGACGGUACCAUUUACAAUGGGAAUUAUGAUGUGCUGUGCAAAACGAAAAAAUUCGCUUUCAUACUAUCAUCGGAUAUUUAAUCAAAAUAAAUCUCCUUAUGCAUAUGACUAUCAACUAAGGGAAACCUCAAUCUACCAGCCAACUUCAAUAAUCACCGAAGGAUACUAACUUGUAAAUUUGUAGUUACUUAUUAUUUUUUUUUUUUUAUAAUAUUUAUCAUCUUUUAAAAAUAUAUUUUCUAAAAUAAUUAAUUUACAACUAUGUAUUCGAUAAAUGUUUACGGCUUAAACAGUGCCGGGUUAAAAUGGGGAGGGCAAGGAAGUAGUUGCCCCGGCGUAAAAGUUUUAGGGGUGGUCAAUUUUGAAGCCAAAAAUAACAAUUUUCUAAUGUAUUUUAAUUUUUAAAAAGAAAUUUUAACUAUUGAAAAAAAUGUUUAAUAAUUAAUAAUGAUAGCAAUAUAAUAUUAUAUUACACCGCCUAUUGUAGAGAUAUGACAUCUGCAGUGUGCGUAUUCUUGGAAAGACUAUAAAACAUAAUAUAUGAUAGCGCUCUGAGCCUCAGACCACAGAGCAAUUCUAUUUUCGUUCAUAUUAUUUUAGAGUAUAUAUAUUAGGUAUUAAUAAAUACUAUAUGUUUGCAACAAUACAUAUUAUUAUAUUACACUGAUACAUAAUGGUAUUUGUUAUAUCCCGCUGGUAUUCAGUGGCGCAGCCAGGAGGGUUUGGUUGUUUUAACCCAAUUAUUGCAUCCCUCCUCCUAAUAAAUGUAUUAUUUAUAUUAUUUAUCAACGAAAACUGUAAAAAACUUAGUUUAAUUUAAAUUUCACCCCCCCCCCCCAACUAUUAAUUUUCAUAAUCCAUUUUAGCCAUUGCUAAAAUACAUUUAUGAGGACCAGAUUAUUAAAAAUUUGAUAAAAAUUGAUUUCGUUCAACAAGCAAUUGUUUUCUUUACACUACCUUCUCUCAUCAAGUAGAUUUAUUUGCUUUCAAUAAUUGUAUAUGAUAUAAUGUGAUAAUUAAUAACAUUAUAUUGAUCAUGAUAUUAUAAUUAUAUAAUGUAAUUAAAAUUUUUAUGAUGGGUAUAUACUAUAUAAUGGUUGUAAAGGGCGGAAAUUUAAAAUAUACUCCCCAUACAGGGAUUGAUUAGCCCGGCAUAGACGAACUACCAUACAAAUCACAUUGGGUUCUAUCGAUUUUUAAUAUAGGAUAGGUUUCCAUAUGUUUCUAUAUGUUAUUUAUUAUUAUUUUGUUUAUGUACAUAAUUAUACUAUGUUCUUAUUGUGUUUGAAAUGCAGAUUGUAAGUUUUUCCAUUAAAAAAAUUAUAUAAUAUAGCUACGCAGAGUAAUAUAAAUCGA